AUGGGCUUGGGUGCCGUGUCCGGCUCCGCCGCCGCGCUGGUCUCGAAUCCCUUCUUUCUUCUGAAGUCACGCUUCCAAGCCAUUGGCAGUGAGGAUGUGCUUCACCAGCACGUGCAGCCCUCCUUGAGAAGUGCAUUCCGCGAGAUCGGCAGGACACAUGGCCUCAGUGGCUACUACCAAGGCUUGUCCGCCUUCGUGCCCAGGGUCUCGGCGGCCACUGCAGUGCAGCUCUCGACCUAUGACAUGAGUAAGGACAUCAUCCUCCAAUCUACGCAGGUGCAGGAAGGCAUUUCCACUCACUUUGGAGCAAGCCUGUUGUCUGGGCUGGCGGUGACUGUGGCCAUGCAGCCCUUUGACCUUAUUGCAGUGCGAUUGAUGAACCAACCCCAGACCAGCGAGGGCGCUCUUUAUGCCGGACCGGUGGACUGCUGUAAGAAGAUCCUGCAACACGAGGGGGCCUCUGGACUGUUCAAAGGCAUCACUGCCAACUAUGCGCGGUUUGGCCCCUACUGCGCCCGGAGCCCACUUCAUCCUGAGUUUGCAAACUGGGUGAUUUUCCCGAACUGGGUGACUCCCCCCCAAACUGGGGUUUCAACACCCAGACACGACUAA